GGCUUCCAUCACACAAGAUUACCCAGUAGCCGUUGACGGCUCUUUAGGUGACGGAUCGAGCUCAGUAUUACAAUUUUCUUUUCCCCUUUUCAUUUAUUUUUGGAAAAAAGAAAAGGAGUGCAAUCUCAGGACUCACCAUACUCAAUGAGCGGACAGCGCAAUGUCAGAGCGCUCUGGGCAAACUGCAAAGGGGAAGGAAGGCAAAACCAAGUAUGCGUCUCUCAACCUGUUUGAUACAUACAAAGGAAAGAGCCUUGAAACACAAAAGCCUGUUGUUCCCCCCCGCCAUGGCCUGCAGUCUCUUGGUAAAGUUGCCUCUGCACGGCGUAUGCCACCCCCUGCCAACCUGCCCAGUCUGAAGGCGGAGAACAAAGGCAACGAUCCCAACGUCUCGCUCGUUCCCAAAGACGGCACAGGAUGGGCAAGCAAACAGGAACAAGCCGACCCAAAGAGUACCGAUGCAUUGUCAGCACCGCAGCCGGAAUCGCAGCAGCCUGUGGCUUCACCGACACCUGCACCGACCCGCCCGAGAACCCCGCCAGCUUCAGAGGCUCUGGCCCCAGCUUCAACCCAGGCCGUAGGGGCAAGGUCCUGGGCACAGGCCAGUGUUACACAUGGAACACAAGGGGAUGGUGGAAAGGGAUCAAACCAACCGUCGCCAUUCUCUCGCGAGGAAUUUCCCACCCUGCAGGCGGCUGGCGACCAGGACAAAGUUGGCAAAGAACAGGGCACUGCAGAUCAGUGGUAUGGGCCAGGACCAAGCCUCCGCCCCCAGAACGUUACAAGUUGGCGGGACGGUGGGGGCCGAGCCCUGGCGCCCACCCUGUCUGGGGAGGGGGCAGUGGAGGGUGGCACUGGUGGGGCUCUGGUGAUGGAUGGGGCAGCUGGGGUCCCUCCUCCGAACUCUCAGUCCCACGGGCCACCUAGGAACCCUCCCGCAGGCAGCUCUGCCUUGCCCCUGCCCCAGCCCCCUGUGGGUCCUGGGUUCCCACAAUACAGAGGGAUCAUGCCUCCCUUCAUGUAUCCUCCCUACCUGCCCUUUCCGGCCCCCUAUGGCCCUCAGGGGCCCUACAGGUACCCUGCACCUGGGGAAGGGGCUGCUCCAAGGUUCUCUCGUGGGCAGGGUGGUCCUGACAACAGACCUCCAGGUGGCCCACGUGACGCAGGCGGAGAGGUGGUGAAGCGACCCUCUAUCCUAAAGCAGGAUGACCUGAAGGAGCUAGACGAGCUGGACCAUGACGGAGACGAGGGCUGGGCAGGAGCUCAUGAGGAAAUUGAUUACUCCGCCAAGUUGAAGUUCAGUGAUGAUGAAGGAGAUGAAGAGGGGGAAGAGGAAAGAACCGAAAGCGGCAGUGACUCGCGUGAGCAGCAGAGGCCCCAGGAUGCCGCCCCUGCAACCUCGCGGUCUCGAGCCUCUGACAGUGGUGGAGACUCCCGCCACACCCCUCCCUCUCAUGCUGACAAUGGCUCCCAACCCCCCUCCAGCAAGCCAGGAUGGGCCGAGGAGGGAGGCAGUGGCUGGGGAGGCCAAGGACCACCAUCCAACUACCAGGGGCGCAGGCCUGGAUUGGGUGGUCCCCGGGAGCAGCCCUCCCCCCCACCUGGGCCGCUCCUCGGACAAGGGCCUUACUCCUUUUACCGACAGGACCGGCCCCACAACCAGGGUGCCUCUCUAGUCCCAGGGAAACCUGGCCCCACCCAGCUUCAGCCAGCAGCAGGAGGCCCUACUCCUCCUCCCCAGCCGGGCCUGCUGGUCCACGGGGCCCAGGGGGAUGAUGAAGAUGAGACGUGGCGUCAGCGCAGGAAGCAAUCCUCCACCGAGAUCUCCGCUGCAGUGGAGCGAGCCCGUCGUCGCCGUGAGGAGGAAGAACGUAGGAUGGAGGAGGAGAGGCGUGCAGCCUGUGCAGAGAAGCUAAAGAGGCUGGAUGAGAAGCAGCAACAGCAGCAGGGCAGCAACAUAGGGGGUGGUGGUAGCAGCAGUAAAACUCCCAGCCUUGAUGGGAACUCAACGGCUGCCACAGCAGGCAGCCCUAGUCCAUCUAUUUCAGCCUCUUCCCCCAACAUCAGCCAGCCCCCAUCCCCUUGUGUUGACCCUGAGGAACCCCCAGUGCUGGCUGUCCAGCCAGGGCCCAGUCCUGGAGUUGGUGACCGACAGCGAGCCAGCAGCAACAGCAGCUAUGACUCCAGUGCAGAUGCCCAACAGUGUCCCCAGCCAGCUGUGUCACAGCCACAGCAGCCCACACUGGAGGUACCUUUAGCGGGAGAAAAUAAGGAGGAGACCAUUGGCAGUCCUCACAUUCGUGGAGGAAGUGGAGGUGAAAGAGGAGUCGACCCAGUGAAGAUUGAGAAUAUUGGAGGGGGAGCAGGUCGUCAAGCCGGUGGUCCUCCUGGCCAGGGUUACUCAAAAUACCAGAAGUCUCUUCCACCACGAUUUCAGAGGCAGCAGCAGGAGCAGCUUCUGAAGCAGCAGCAGCAAUGGCAGCAGCAGCAACAACAGCAGCAGCACAGCCAGGCAUCACAAAGCCAGCUGUCUCCUCAGCCUCAGGCUCCGCAGGGUCCUUCACCAGGUUCCACACCACAAUCGGGUCCUGGCCCCAAGCAAGGUGGACCCCUGUAUCAGCCCAGCAACAUGGUUCGACCCCCACCCCUGCCUAUGAAUUUUGACCCUCGCUGGAUGAUGAUGCCCUACAUGGACCCUCGCAUGAUCCAGGGCCGCCCUCCGCCAAUGGACUACUAUGCAGCUGGCAUGCACCCGUCAGGGCUUAUUGGGCGUGAGCGGUCUGAUUCGGGGGGGUCUGGUUCGGACCCCUUUGAUAGGCAGCAACAGCAUCCAGGGCACCCUCAUCGUGGGACCCCCCCUAUGGAUCCUAAACUGGCCUGGGGGCCGGAAGUAUUCCCUGGAGGAGGGGAGGGCCGUGGGCUAGCAUCCCCCCUCAGGCAGAAGCAGGCAUUGGAGGAUGAUGAUGGAGCCAAAGGACCCAGGAGCGACACUCCUCCACACCGCAUGAGAGAGGGUGGAUUGGGACCCAUCCAGCAGCCCAGCUCCAAUUCUGGGACAUCCAAUCAGACUCCACCUCCUGUUGGCACUCAAGUUGGGGCGCAGGGAGGCAGCCACCACCCUCAUCACUACAUGAGUGGGCGGGGCAACUACAGCAACUUCCCUGACCAGGGUGCAAGGAUACUUCCCCACCAACAGCAGCAGAGGGCAGGUGAAAGGGGAAACCAGCCACAUGGCUUCGCCCACCAGGAUGAAGGGCCUCCCCGAGGAUCUCAGCAGGGCCAGAUAUGGGGAGCCCCACACCCUCACUACGAUCGCAACGGUAGAGCUGAUCUCCCCCCUGUUGAGAACAACUCUCACCUCCACCACCAUCACAGCCACCACCCUCAGCAGCCACACUUCCCUCUCCACCCCCAUAAGCCUGAGAACAGUCGUGACAGAGUUGUUGAUGCUUCUGGUAAGAAGACAGACUCCUCUCCCCCAAUCCAUCAACCUUCCCUGUCAUCUUCAUGCUCUUCCUCCUCCUCUUCUUCUACCAGAGAAGAUGGGAAUGUCAAAGUUGCCCUGCAUCAUCACCCAUCCCAGAGAGAGAGUGAAGCCGGUAUCGGUCACAGUCUUGGUGAAAGAGUCAACAGUGGCAGCACUGGCAGUAGCGGCCAUGUGAAGCAGGAGAAAACGGGCCCAGCAUAUGCUCCCCAUUCCUCCAUGACCUCUAGCCCACCUCCCUCUCAACAUGGCAGUCAUACUCAGCAGCAGCAGCAGCAUCCCCAUCCUAAAUCAAACCAAAGAGGGGGACGGGAGCACAAGACAGAGACCCAGUGGGGCCCACGGCCUGGCAGCAGCAACACGGGUGGAGGUUCCUCUCAUGGUAGAAGGGCCAACAAUGCAGGAGGUGGGAACAACUCCCGUGGAGGGGAGGACUGCUCCAACACUGCACUAGACCACAAACCCUCCAACCAGACUGGAGGCAGCAAUGCCAACAAGAGGGCCGGCCCGAUUAAGAAGCCGGUGCUGAAGGAAAUGAAGAGAGAGGGGGGUGAUGUGGAUGGAGCAGACAAAAUAAGCGUAGGCUUCGGGAAAGAUAAAGAGCAAGAUGGUGGCCAACCCACCUCCAUGAAGCAGGAAGCCUCCUCUGUCUCCCAGAACACAUCAGCUCUAUCUAAAGAUGAGUCAGCCCAGACAGCCAAACCCAGGAAUGGAGGAAAAGAACGAUCCUCAGGAGGAGGUGGGGGAGGGUCAGGUAGAGGGCCCAAAGAUGUAGACACCACCUCUUCAGGAUUUUCAGGGUCCUCCUCCAGGAGAGACAGGGACCGCUCCUUUGAGAGAGGAGGCAGUACCUCCCACCACCAUGGAGUGCCUGCCAAAGGCAGCAGAGCCAGUCGCGGACGAGGAGGAGAGUUCUUCGGGCGUGGCCGAGGUUACCGUGGCACCUACACGGCCACUGCUGGGCCCAGUGGUGGCAGUCGAGGCAGGAUGGGUGGCAGGAGCGGAAGAGAUUACCGCUCAUCUGUUGCCAGUGGCCACCACCAUGAGUCCAAGGCUGAGGGGGGUGGUGGCAGGCAUGGUCAAGAUCGGUCCCAGCAUAACCCAGCCAGGGCCAGGAACCGAAGUGAAACCCGCAGUGAGGGUUCAGAAUAUGAGGAAAUCCCUAAGAGAAGGAGGGAGAGAGGUUCAGAGACUGGCAGUGAGAGUGGUGCAAGUGACCUUGGUCAUUCAGACAAAGAUGAAAACCAGAAACCCAACACCAAGAAUGGCUCCGAUCACACCAACACCACUAGCAGCAGUAGCAUGUCAUCUGCUCCACCCAGAGGUUCCCAGGCCCGGGUCUUCACUCCCAGAGGUGUGCCCUCUAGGAGGGGAAGGGGUGGAGGUAGUGGUGGAGGAAAUAUCUACAGGGGCAGUGGCAAUGUCGGAGGAACACCUGGAGGACACAGAGUUGGACCCAGCUCAGCCUCUCAUGGACCCUCAAAGUCAUCAGCCACAGGCCGAAAGCAACAAGGCCCGCCACAAACAUCUGGACCCAAAGACUUGGGCAGGGGAGGCAAUGGAGGAGAGAAGAAAGACAAGAUAGCUGAUGUGAGCCAAGCUCAAAGUCAGGGGUCCAAUCCCCCUCAGCCGUCUUUGCCCACUGCAACUCCGGCCACUCUAGGUUCCACUGAAAAUGGAGGUGUUGUGACCCAGCAAACUUCAACCAACCCUACAUCAAACUCUGGAGGGCCAAAUGCACUCCCUCUUCCCACUAGCCGUGGGUUUCCUCCCAGUGGGUUUGAGCGGCCACCUAGACGUCGCCGCCACGGGCGUUCCCAGCAUCAGCAGGACAAGCCGCCUCGCUUUCGCAGAUUGAAGGAACGAGAGAAUGCCGCACGUAUCAACGGAGGAGUGGGAGUCAUUGGGGGAGGAAGGCCCUCCUCUCCUUCCCUGAAUUCAGUUCAGGACAGUAACGGAGCCCCCAUCUCUGCUCCCAUGCCAAGCAAUCCCCAAAAUGCUAAUCACAACACCACAGUAACAACCAACAAUAACAGUGGUGGUGGGCAUCUUAGCAAUUCAAACAGCCACCACCAUCACCACUACAACCAGGGCAAUGCUGGGCAGACCCACGCCCAGCACCACCACAGCCAUGGAGCAAAAUCCCCUGACUUCACCAAUCAGAACUCAGACCAGGCCAACGAGGAGUGGGAGACCGCCUCUGAGAGCAGCGACUUCACGGAGUUCCGAGACAGGGAAGGAGGAGGGAAGUCGUACUCCUCUCACCAUCCCCACCACCUGGGAAGGGGAGGAGGGGGCGGCGGAGGAGGAAUUGUGGUCGAGCGCGAGAUGACGGGAAAAGAGCCCUCAGCGAAUAAAAGAAGCUUCUCAAGCCAGCGUCCUGGCAUGGAGCGACAGAACCGCAGGGUCAACGCUGGAGGAGCUGGAGGCGGAGGGGGAGGAAGGGGCCCACGAGGCCCGCCUGGUGGUGGCUCCAGUGGGCCCAGUAAUGGAGGUGGCAACCGCGGGGAGAAGCGUGGCAACUGGCCCUCCCCAAAAAAUAGGAAGUGAUGGAAUGUUUCAAAACAUUUCAGAUGAACCCCACCCACAUUAAAACCACCCUCUUACAUCUUAAUCCUUUUUUGCUAAUUAUUUCAUGGCUUAUCUGUUGGCAUCCCUAAACAUAUUUGUGUAUUGUACAGUAUAUGGAGAUAAUAUUCACAUUCACUUUAAGCCCACCCCCACCCCACCACGGUCAUCUCUUUCCCUUUGCAUCAAUCUACUAUCUACCGUCCGUUAUUGUAAAUUUCUCCGUUUGUUCCGUCUUGCUCUCCGUUCAGUUGUGCCCCCCCCCCCUCCCCCCCUCGUACCUUCCCGCAAGAAUCUCACCCCAGUUGGAUUUGACAAGCAUGUGGUUCUGCAGUGGAGGUGCACGUGGUUUUGACAGAAGACAUUCACACAAAGCUCCAUACACACUCACAUAUACAAGCACAAAUAUGACAUCUUUACAAACACAUGGAACACAUGCAGUCGUGUGAGUGCUAAGAGAAAAUGUGGGAUGAAAUUGGAAAAAAUGUUUGGAUUGGGCUAAUUUUUAUAUUUAUGUACCUGUGUAUAUUUCUACCACACUUUGGCCUUGGGUGGUAUUCAGUAGUGCAGUUCUGCAUUACCUCCCUCACAAAGGGAAAGAGUGCAGCUUCAUCUUUUAACGAGAACAAUGUAACAUAAGACUUUUUUUUUUUCUCUUUGUGUCUUUUUUUUCUUUUUCUUUUUUUUUUUGGCCUCGUGUUAGUUAAGUUUCAGCCUCUUGAAAAUGUUAGGGGCAUGUGUUAUUUCUUCUAAAAAGCAGGUCAUUAAAAUACCUUUUUACUAAAUUCUCCAAUUCCUCCUCCUGCUGACUUUCUGGUCUCUUGCAAAACGUGUCUGAUUACUGUGAUAAUACCCAUUGAAGUACUACUGCUCAGUGCUCACCUACACUCGCAUUGAUUUGUCUUUAAUAUCAAUGUUUCUGCUGCUUGUUCAGAUAGACGGUGUGAUUUUUUUUUUUUCUUUUUUAAACCCCUAAGUUGUUGACCUGCUCUGACAUUUCAUUAGCUAUUGGUUGGUCCUUUUUAGGAAGUAAAGGAUUUGUCAGCCUUAUCGUAGUAACAUCCGUACAUGCAGAAGUUCUGCACAUAAAUUCAAAGUUAUCCUAAGGACAAUAGUUUUACUUUCUCAUCCACGAGUUUUGUUUACCCUAUGAAGACUGUAUUGAUAGCUUGAUGGCUUUAUUUAACAACCAUUAUUUCCUCAUUGACUUCCAUUUUUAUGGAAUGAAAAUGUAGGUCAUGAUGGAAUAAAGAAAAAAGUUUGACCUUCAUAAAAUUGUUUAUGCUUCAAUAGGUAAUGGAUUAUGUUCUAAUAAGCACUCCCUGUUAUAGAAUCAAGUGGUUGCUGUUCUUUUUGUCUCCCUCUAUCUCCUUUCCUUUUCUUUCCUUUCUUUUCUGUUUCUUUUUUAAUCGUUUUUGGGCAAGUUACAUGUGAUGCAACAGGACAGGUACUCUGUCUGGGCCCAGAGUACAGAGCUAGGCCGAGUGUUGUACUCUUAUACCCCCUCCUCUGUGCUCCUGUGGAGACUCGGCACGCCAAGAAGGACUACUACCAAGAGCUCCUUGUCUGAGGAAGUAUUUUUCAAAGUGUGUGUUCUCGGGAUGACUGUUUUCAGUAGACGGUGGCAACCAGUAGCCCACGCUGAUUGAGUUCAGGACAAUGCUGAAAGGGUGAUGAAAGUGUCACGCAAGUCAUCUUCUACAGUUCACACGGUUUCAAAGAUUUCCCUCGCAACAAAUAAUGCCGACCUGGAGUGUCGAGGAAAUAUCGGGAUUGAUGUAGGAUCACACUCAUAAACAUAGUUUGUAUCAUACACAAAAGACAUAUAAUGGCACACAGCUUGAAAAAAAAAAAAAAAUGGCCGAAGA